ACAUACGCGUCUCGGACGAAGGGAGAAAAGGCAGAAGAGCGAAACGUAUGCAGAGAUCUAUUUAAAGGUCGUUUUGCGCUUAAUGCUUGAAUGUCAGUGCUCUGAUUGGUGGCCACGCAGUUUUGUGACAUUUGCGAUUUUGAUGUCUGCCUUUACCGUUGCGUAGGUCAUAUGUAUGUAUACAUAUGAUUCUGUUAGUCGGUAUUACGCGAGAUUAACAAAUUGUCAGUGCACACCAAUUGUCAUCCGUUAUCGCUGAUUAUCAGGUGCGUUUUACGUAUACGUAUGCGAGUGAGUGCAAACAGUAGAAAAGUGACAAUUAAUAACGCAAUUUGUUCUACGUAUUCCGAGAAAAUGUCACUUUUUGGAGUAGGCAACCCCUUUUCUACACCUGUAGGACAAAAGAUCGAGUCUGCUACAGAUGGCAGUUUACCAAGUGAAAAUUGGACGCUUAACAUGGAGAUAUGUGAUAUUAUAAAUGAAACUGAAGAUGGGCCAAAAGAUGCUAUUAAAGCAAUUAAGCGCAGACUCAAUCAAGCAGCAGGCAAAAAUUAUACUGUAGUCAUGUAUACACUUACAGUGUUGGAGACAUGUGUAAAAAAUUGUGGAAAACGCUUUCAUACUCUUGCUUGUUCAAGAGAAUUUGUGCAGGACUUGGUUAAACUAAUAGGUCCCAAAAAUGAACCACCGACUGCAGUACAAGAGAAAGUUUUAAGUUUGAUCCAAACAUGGGCAGAUACAUUCCGUCAUCAACCACAUACUCAAGGUGUUGUGCAAGUUUAUCAGGAAUUGAAGGCAAAAGGCAUACAAUUUCCAAUGACUGAUCUUGAUGCUAUGGCACCAAUCAUUACACCAGAAAGAAGUGUACCUGAAACAGAACAAAUUCCGACAAGUCUAGCUACAAAUGAACAACCCGCUUCUUUGGGAACACAACAUUUAUCUCCGCAAGCCUCACAAUCCGCUGGGCAGUUAACUCAAUUAAAUGAGCAACAGUUGGCCAAAUUGCAAAGUGAACUUGACGUUGUUCAAGGAAACAUGCGUGUAUUAUCGGAAAUGCUGAUGUACUUUACAAGUCUGGAACAAAAUAAACAACAACCAGAUUCUGCAGAUCUUGAACUUAUGAACGAACUUUAUUCAACAUGUAAAGCAAUGCAGGAGCGAGUUGUUGAUUUAAUUGGUAAAUUAGUCCAUGAUGAAAUGACAGCCGAAUUGCUACGCAUUAACGAUGACUUGAACAAUCUAUUUCUUCGUUAUUCGCGUUAUACGAAAAAUAAGACACAAGUUCCGGCAAGUACUAUAUUAGCUCAGACAAUUGGACAACCACCACAUACGGAAUCGACUCCAGUUCUCACUAAACGUGAAGCAGAAUCGCUUAUAGAUUUAUCUGAUGUGGACGAUGCGAUAAAACAGAUGAGCAAACUCAGUACAGCUGAAGGUACGAGCAAAAGUAAACCAGACCAAAAAGAAAAAAAAGAGGGAGAUAGUGAUGAAUUUGAUAUGUUUGCACAGUCGCGCAAUGCAACAUAUGAAACAACAAAAAAUAGUGGCAGCAAAUACGAGGAUAACUUGGAACAGCAGAACUUGGAAUCUGAAUUCAAUGAAAUGGCUGCUUGGUUGGAUCGCACACCCGGAGGACAAGGAGAUCAGGAAUCAUUGACAUCGUCAGAAUUUGAACGUUUCUUAGCCGAACGUGCAGCAGCUGCUGAGGCUUUACCAACUCUUACCACAACCACAACUGCCACCACGAACUCUUCAACUACUAGCACCCAAAACAUUCAACGCCAGAUUAACAAAGAUCAAGACAAGUCCUUAUUCGCUCUUUAAGUACCUUGAAGCUCUCGGUUGAAAAAAAAAAAAAAAAA